AUGGAAGUAGAUAGCGACAAUACGAACCGUCAAGCUGUUAUCGACCGUGAAAGAAGAGGCUUUCUGAACAAAGCUAUCAAAAGAGUUACAAAGUCGUUAUUAUCAGGGCAACAAAAAUCUCCAUCUGAAGGUUCUGAAACUACCACCGCGUAUAGCACACCAAUUACAUUUAACGAAAAUCGACAACAACCUAUAUUAAAUGGGCUAUCACAUAUUAAUGACCUGCCGUUAUCCAGAAUAUCAGAAGGAAAUGAAAAUUCGGAUUCAUUAUCAGAUGAUGAAUCAUUUUUAUUUUCAACACCACCACAAAAACAAAGGAAAAUAGCAUCAAUCCUUGUAGGUGUAUUUGUUGCUGUCGGUGGAUUCCUUUUCGGCUACGAUACUGGUUUAAUAAAUAGUAUAACAGAAAUGAACUACGUGAAGACCCAUCUGACACCAAAUCAUGAAUAUUUUACAUCAACAGAGAUGUCCAUUCUAGUAUCCUUCUUAUCGCUAGGUACUUUUAUCGGCGCCUUAUCUGCACCUAUAAUAUCGGAUUCUUAUGGUAGAAAGCUAACAAUUAUGAUGAGUACAAUAAUUAUCUUUUCAAUUGGUAAUUCUUUGCAAGUAGGGGCAUCAGGAAUGGUUUUGCUGGUUGUAGGUCGUGUCAUAUCUGGGCUGGGAAUAGGUUUGAUAUCUGCAGUAGUACCGCUAUAUCAAGCGGAGGCAGCUCAUAAAUCUUUAAGAGGUGCUAUCAUUUCGACAUACCAAUGGGCUAUUACCUGGGGACUUCUAGUUUCAAGCGCUGUUGCUCAAGGUACACAUAACAGAACUGAUGCAACAUCGUACAGAUUACCCCUUGGAUUACAAUACGUCUGGUCUUUUAUCUUGGCAAUAGGUAUGAUUUUUCUCCCAGAAAGUCCCAGAUAUUAUGUUUUAAAGGAUGAAUUAGAUAAGGCGGCUGAAGCGUUGUCAUUUUUGAGAAGAGUUCCGAUUCAUGAUUCUGGGUUAUUAGAGGAGUUGGUUGAAAUUAAAGCAACAUACGAUUACGAAUCGUCAUUCGGUUCCACAACGUUUUGGGAUUGUUUCUUAACUACGAAAACAAGGCCCAAACAAACUUUAAGAAUGUUUACGGGGAUUGCAAUACAAGCAUUUCAACAGUUUUCUGGAAUCAAUUUCAUAUUUUACUAUGGUGUCAAUUUUUUCAACGACACAGGUGUACAUAAUAGUUAUUUGGUUUCAUUUAUAUGUUAUGCUGUUAAUGUGAUAUUCAAUGUUCCUGGGAUGAUCCUUGUUGAAUUUUUCGGUAGGAGAAAAGUAUUAUUGACUGGUGGUGUUUUAAUGUUUAUGUCAAACUUCAUCAUUGCCAUUGUUGGUUCUUCUGUCGAAUCAGUCGUCGCAGAUAAAGUAAUGAUUGCGUUCAUAUGUUUAUUCAUUGCUGCAUUUUCUGCUACAUGGGGUGGUGUUGUUUGGGUUAUAUCAGCCGAGCUAUAUCCAUUAGGCAUUAGAUCAAAAUGCACUGCAAUUUGUGCCGCAGCAAACUGGCUUGUUAAUUUCAUUUGUGCCUUAAUUACUCCAUAUAUUGUUGAUACUGGUUCUCACACUUCUACGUUGGGUCCGAAAAUUUAUUUUAUAUGGGGGAGCUUGAAUGCACUUGCUACAGUUGUAGUUUACUUUACUGUUUAUGAGACGAAAGGAUUGACAUUGGAGCAGAUUGAUGAGCUAUAUAGCAAAAGUUCGAAUAGUUUGCAAUCUACCAGAUGGAAUAAGAGAAUCAAGGAAGAAUCCAUAAGUUUAAUUGAUGAGCGUAAACAAAGGAUUGUUCAAGCAAAAUAUGAAGCUGCAAAUGUUGCUACAAAUGAUAAUAAAACAAGCCAAGCGAACACUAUUGUUGAUGAAUCAGGGAUAGUUAAUCCCCUCAAAAAUAUGCCACAUCCAUCACUCGUUCCUACACCGUUAGGCAGUGAAUUUCAAGUAGCAACUCAAGAUCAUCAUGAUACUAUACCAAAUAUAAACGCAUCACCAAUAACAGAAACUGAUCCGGAUAUUAGAGACCUAGAAAAUAAUUAUGUCGAUUUAGGAAAUGGGCUAGCAUUAAAUACCUAUACGAGAGGGCCGCCAUCUUUGUCAACAGACUCAGAUGGAACAGAAACAGAAAUUACCGGCGAGGGAACCACAUCACAACAAUGGAGUGAAGAUAGGCAACAUAUGGAUCAGUUGAAUGAUUACAUGGCUCAGCUUAUCCAAAGCGAUUCAAGCGCUACUGGCAACAGCUUAGGCCAAAACACUAUAGGAACUAAUUUGGUAGGAAGAACCGUCCGAACUAAUUCUGAUUUAGACAAUUUCAACAUGGACAGAGGAUUUCUCAGACCAGUGACUACCCAAAGUCAGUCACGAUCAAUGCCUGAUAAUUACCUUGAUUUGGGGAAUGGAUUAGGCUUGAAUACAUAUAAUCGGGGCCCACCAUCAAUACUGAUGGAUUCUUCAGAAGAAGAACUUGAUUUGGGUGAGGACCACUCUACUGCUAAUUAUCUAGAAAUCAUUGGAAGACAUGAUAACGAUAUCAGCGCAUAUGUGGCUCCGUUGACACAAAAUAAUACAGAUAAUAUUCAGACUUCACCAAACUCUACGCUAAAACCUACAUUUGAGGAUACUCCUCAAGAAAAUGGCACAACGAAUCUGGAUAAUAAUUAUGCACUCGUUCGCAAAACUCAAACAUCCUCAGAGCAACAGCAUAGAUCCACGUAA